AUGGGAAGCAUGGGGUUGGACGAAUCGGGGAUUGACUUGGAUGGGACGUGGUGGAUUCGGAAGUGGGUCGAGCCUCGACGACGUCUUCAGCUGAGGCAGUGGAGCCUCCUCCUGCGCGACGACCGGCGCCGCUGUCCGCUCGAGGGGCUGAACGCUAGCGUCGAGAGUGUAGGGAAGCUCUGCCUGCAGACGAGGACUGACCACGUGCUGUCGAGGAAGCUGAAGCCAGUCCCGCACUACUCGGAGCGUCUAUUGAAUUCGGUCGCGAGUGGACGAGCAGCUGGCAUUCCAGCUGGACGCUGUAUCAGGCGUCGCCUCGUCGCUGCGUUGUCGUACCACCAACUUCACGUCCACGAUAGCCGCUGCCAGGACACCGUGUCUCAAAGCCACGCAAUUGACCGGUCGUGGCAACCAGGUGCUGCCCCUCCCCCCUCCUCUGUCUGUCAUCGUGCUCGAGCAGCUUUUUUCCUGCGUUCAAGUGCCUUGAUCGAGUGUCAGCGAUGCGAAGCGACGUCAGAUAUCGAGGCAAAGCGGUUUCUGGAGAGCUACCACCACCUGCUUUCCAGCCAACCAGCCAGCCAACUCGUGAGCUUGCAACCCACACGUGCUCUAUCUGCGAGCGCGACUCGGACGGGUUGA